AUGGAAAAACUUCAGGCCAGUGUGAAAAAGCAAGCUGAAUUUACUGGAAUGGGGCUGUUAGAUGCAGAUGACUUUGACAUCCACUUGGAUGGAAAUCUACCUGAAAAAUUCAAGAUGCCUGAUUUGGCUAAAUUCGAUGGUACUGGUGACCCAAAAACCCACCUCAGGUCUUAUCUUAUAGUCAUGAAAAUAACUGGUUUGACUAAGAACAAAGUCACUCAGUUCUUUUCUAUGUCACUAGAAGGGGUUGCAUCUUCAUGGUAUCAUGGGCUAGAAGCCACUGUGAGAAAAGAUUGGGAGGAGCUAGUUAGGAGAUUUGUGCAACAAUACUCCUAUAAUACAGCUUUAGAUGUUACCCUGAGAGACUUAGAGACCACUAGGCAAAAACCAAAUGAAACCUUUUCAGAGUAUCUAUUGAGAUGGAGGAAAAAGGCCAUGAAGAUGACCAAUAGGCCUGCUGAAAAGGAUCAAGUGCGAUUGGUAGUGAAAAGUCUACAGCCUAGUUAUUAUGAGAAACUUUGUUAUUAUCCCUUGGCUACCUUUGAACAGCUAUAUGAUGCUGGGGUAUUAGUGGAGGAUGUAUUGAACAAUGAAAGGAAGAGUUAUCAGCCCAAGAGGGGAGGAUACCAGUCAGCUGGCAAUAUUACUGGAGAAAACAAAGUCAUUGAGGUUCAAACCGUGUCCCGCACCCCUAGAAAGUUCUCUCAAUUCAACCAACCUCUAUCUAAAGUCUUCGAGCGACUCAAAGCUCGGGGUCUCCUCCAACCCUUGGCACCUAGACCACCACCAAACCCACUGCCACCCAAUUACAAUGCUAACCUAUAUUGCCAAUUCCAUCAAACUCAUGGCCAUGACACUGAUAGAUGUUUUCGGCUAAAACACGAAGUUCAGGACUUGAUCGAUGCUAAGAAAAUAGCUGACCCAGAAAAUCGACCCAACACACGCACCAACCCAAUGCCCAACCAUAAUCUUGAUGAACCUCGAUCUGUAAUGACAAUUGAUAUUUGGGAUAGUUCCAGUGAUGAGGAAGGUUUGUUAGAUGUUUGGGUUGACUCUGACGGAGAGGAAAAGAGUAGGGUGAGCCACAUGACCAAGAGUGGUAGAUAUUAUCCUGAUCCACCCAUGAAGAAGGACGACGUGAGAGGGAAAUCCAAGGUGUUGGCUGAAGAGGACACAGAUGAAGAGGAUGAUCAGUUUCUUAGGCAAUUGAAGAGGACUCAGGCUAGCGUAACGAUCUGGGAAUUGCUAUUGGCAUCAGAAAAACACAGAACCGCACUGACCAAGGCCCUGAGUGUACUCAAGGGGAGAAACCAUAGUAGGGCUCUGUUCGUGACCGCCGAGGUUGGAGGGUGGAAAGUGCCUUGUGUGAUGAUAGAUGAUGGGUCAGCCAUCAACGUAUGCCCUCUGAAGAUUUUGCCAAAAUUAGGAAUUUCUAUGUCUGAACUAACUGGUUCUGAUCUGGUUAUCAGGGCCUAUGAUGAUUCAAAGAGAAACGUGAUAGGGGUAUUGAAGAUUAUGGUUAAGGUGGGGCCUAUAGAGACUGAAGUUGAGUUCACUGUGCUAGACAUCCCCAUGACAUUCUCCUUACUAUUGGGUAGAAUCUGGUUCCAUCCCUUAGGUGGAGUCCCCUCUACACUCCACCAAAAGAUCAAGAUCCCGCACCAAGAUGGUGUAAUCACCAUCAAUGCUGAAAGAGAUGGGGAAGUAGCUAUGCUGCAAGUGGAUGGUUCGGUACCACUAUUGUCUGGUUUCCAAGUUGCUGGGAUCUAUGGAGACUGGAUGGACCCUAGGGUGGCCACUAUGAUGAAAGAGAUGAAGUUUUUUCCUGGCAUGGGUGCAGGAAAAGCAGAGCUAAUGGCUUAG